AUGUCCUUUGAUUGGAUCAAUUUCUUGUCUUUCACUGGCAGUCAAACAGUCAGUACAUCCAGAGGAAGCAAACUGUCCCAGCAGGUGAUUCUAGAUUAUGACUAUACAUUCACAACACCAUAUUGUGGAAGUGAAACAAUUGAGGUGGACUCAAAGAAGAAUGAAAGUGGGGAAAGCUUGGAGACAAGCUCAAGCCUCUGUUGGGUGGACUGCAAGGAGCAAAUUGAUGUGGUCUCCCUAGCAUCAAAAGAGCCUAUUCUUUUCUAUGAUGAGGUAGUCAACUUUGAAGAUGAGCUUGCUGAUUAUGGAGUGUCGCUUUUAAUUGUGAAAGUGAGGGUCAUGCCCAGUUGUUGGUUUCUUCUUUUGCGAUUCUGGCUUAGAGUUGAUGGAGCUUUGAUGAGAUUAAGGGACACCCGCAUGCAUUGCACUUUUGGUGACAGCACUAACCCUGUCAUUCUUCGAGAAAGCUGCUGGAGAGAAGCCACCUUUCAGUCCAUCUCUGCUGUAAGCCUCUCCCUCCCUCUCUCUCUAGCGCCCCCCUCCCCCCCCAUUGUGGGCUUUCACAUUGUUAAGACAAAAGAUUUUAGGUGUAAUUGUGCUAUUGUUUGAAGCAAGAUUUAUUAUUGCUCAUGCAAGUUCAUUAGGCUA